CGUGGACCUGACGAGCUUCUCUUUUCUGGUGUCAGUAACAAGCCUUUUACCAUGGACAAAUCUACUCAAGAUACAGAUAAUGAAAAUGAGAGGAAGAAAUUUAAAAGAGACAGAUUGUCACGCUCCCCUUCACGUGUCCUUCAUCUUCAUCAAGUUGCAAGUGAUGCUACUGAAGAAGAAGUAAUUUCAUUAGGUCACCCUUUUGGCAAAGUAACCAAUCUCUUGAUGCUUAAAGGACGAAAUCAGGCACUUUUAGAAAUGGCUUCUGAAGAAGUUGCUAUUGCUAUGGUGAACUACUAUGCUCUUGCUAUACCUCACAUCCGCGGUCAGCCUGUUUAUAUUCAGUAUUCCCAUUACAGCGAACUUAAGACUGACAAUCUACCUGAUCAGGCUAGAGCUCAAGCUGCAUUGAAGGCUCAGAAUACUGCACAGCCUGGAGUAGUGGCUGUUAGGAGAGCUAUUGCUGCUGAAGGUGGGCUCGUUCCAUGUCAAGGUUCUGUUCUUCGAAUCGUUGUUGAAAACCUUUUCUACUUUGUUGGUUUAGAGGUGCUGCAUCAGAUUUUCUCUAAAUUUGGGCUUGUCUUGAAGAUUGUUACCUUCAGUAGGAACAAUCAAUUUCAAGCUCUGCUGGAGUAUGGUGAUCCAAUGAAUGCAUAUCGUGCCAAAAUGGCGUUGGAUGGCCAAAGUAUCUACUCUGGGUGCUGCACUCUGCGUAUUGAUUUCUCCAAAAUAAGUAGACUUAAGGUGAAGUACAACAAUGAGAAAAGCAGAGAUUUCACUCGCUUUGACCUUCCUCCUGGUGAUAGCGAAUCGUUCAUGGAGCCAUCCAUAAGAGCUGCCUUUG